UUUAAACUGUCCAACUCGCAACUCGCGUUUCUCUAUAAGGGAUCUUUACCACUUCCCUGCCUAUGCGGCCGGAGCGCCGUGCCUCUCCCCAGCAGACAACCGCCUUCCAGGCACUGCUCAGACUGCUUCCGACACCCUUAAAAUAAUACUGUUAGUAAUAAGUGGAUUUGCUUUUGUUUUUUGUUGAUUUUUUUCUGCCUUUAAAAAAAAAGGGGGGGGGCAAAAAAAAAAAAAAAAAGCUCCUUGUUCCUUUCUGUGUGGAAUAAACACCUGCAAACUCCCCCAGGCAGCUCGGCGCCCCUGCCAUGGAUUCCUUUAAAGGUGGAAUGAAUUUGGAGAGACUGCCCGAGAGCUUGAGACCCCAACCCUCCCAUGACAUGGCUUCCAGCUUCCAUUUGCAAAGAUCCUCGGAACCCAGAGACCCGAUCGACAACUCAGCCAGUGAAUCCUCCGACACGGAGGUGCCAGGUAACCCUUCACCCCCCCGCGCCCCCCGCGGCCCCGCCACGCAGGUCUGGUUCAAGAACCGCCGAGCCAAGUGGAGAAAGCGGGAACGGAACCAGCAGAUGGACCUGUGCAAGAACGGCUACGUGCCGCAGUUCAGCGGGCUGAUGCAGCCCUACGACGACAUGUACGCCGGCUACCCCUACAACAACUGGGCCACCAAGAGCCUCACCCCGGCGCCGCUCUCCACCAAGAGCUUCACCUUCUUCAACUCCAUGAGCCCCCUGUCCUCGCAGUCCAUGUUCUCGGCGCCCAGCAGCAUCCCCUCCAUGAACAUGCCCUCCAGUAUGGGCCACUCGGCCGUGCCGGGCAUGGCCAACUCCGGCCUCAACAACAUCAACAACAUCAGCGGCUCCUCGCUCAACUCGGCCAUGUCCUCGCCGGCCUGUCCCUACGGGCCACCGGGCUCGCCCUACAGCGUCUACCGGGACACUUGCAACUCCAGCUUAGCCAGCCUCAGACUGAAAUCAAAGCAGCACUCCAGUUUCGGCUACAGCAGUUUGCAAAGCCCCGGCUCUAGUCUAAACGCCUGUCAGUACAACAGUUGACGGACUUGACACAAACCACCUCCGACAAAGCACCGCCGACAAAGCAAAGCAGAAGCAAAGCGACGUUUCACGGAAAAGACAAAAAAAAAAAAA